AUGAGCAUUGAAAACGGAUGGUUUUACGAAUCUGAAACCCUUUGGUCAGGACAGCGUUUCGGUUUAAAGGUAAAGGAGGUCCUCUAUCACGAGAAAUCGAAAUACCAGGAUAUUCUUGUGUUUGACUCGGAAAGCUAUGGUAGAGUCCUCGUUUUGGACGGUGUAAUUCAGGUUACGGAGCGAGAUGAAUUCGCUUAUCAGGAAAUGAUCACUCAUUUACCGCUGUUUGCUCAUCGUAACCCAAAGAACGUGCUUAUCGUCGGAGGGGGAGAUGGUGGUGUUCUGCGUGAAGUGGCGAAACACCCCGGUGUCGAACGCAUUGUGAUGUGCGAGAUCGACGAGGGUGUAGUGGAUGUGGCCAAGAAGUAUUUCACAGCCUCUACGGCCGUCGCGUUCGACGAUCCCCGCUUGGAAUUGCUUUUUAUGGACGCUGCCCUGUUCGUGAAGGACCAAGUUGAUCAAUUCGAUGUCAUUAUUGUUGAUUCGUCUGAUCCUGUGGGUCCCGCGGAGAGUUUGUACACCAACUCCUUUUACAACACUAUGAAAUCUGCGCUUCGGAAGGGCGGAAUCAUUUGCACGCAGGGAGAGUGCCAAUGGCUGCAUUUGCCCCUGAUUAAACGUGUGAUGAACAACGCGGCCACCUUGUAUUCGUCGGUCCGAUAUGCGUAUACGACUAUUCCGACCUAUCCUUGUGGACAAAUCGGGUUUAUUUUGGCCGUGAAGGACUGUGAAGAUGAUUUGAGCCAUCCCAAUCACGAAAUUCCGCAGGAAAUGCUCCCCAAGCUGCGAUAUUACUCCAAGGAGAUUCACGAAGCUUCCUUUGUGCUUCCGGAGUUUGCACGAAAGGAAUUGAUGUAUCUUGUUUGA